AUAGAAUUAUGGGAUAGAAGAGUUCAAAGGAGAAGAAUUCAGGUUUAUCGAAUGGAUAAAUUUCUAAUUUUUAAAGCCAUAUAUAAAUUACAAAAGAUCCUGUAACUGGUAAAUUAUUAGGUGUACCGAAAGAAUGGGCUGAUCUGAAUGGUCUUAAAUUAGAUAUAGGUAGAAUAUGGCAUAAUAAUUUAAGACUAAAAUAAAACAGUGGAGACUAAGAACUUGCCUAGCUCAGUUUAACCAUCGGAGCUACCAGAAGCAAUUCUUGAUUUAAUUAAUGAACCUAUAAUGAGUGCACCUUUUAAUGUUCAACAUAAAAUACAUAUUGAAAUAGAUGCAACAGCUUAAUUAGGUUUGAAAGGAUUACCUGAAGAAUGGAUUGAGAAAUUAAAGAAAGCAGAAAUUUAGAAGUCAGAUAUUGAAUAAAAUCCAUAGGCUAUGAUAUAAAUUAUUUCAAAUUAUGAAGAAGGUGUAUAUAGACAAACUAAAUUGACAAUGCCAACGAAUGAUGAAUUUAUUAAAUAAGUGAUGGAUAUCAAAUUUAUUGAAUAAGAUCCUUCUUAAUUAUAUAAAUUUACUGAUUAAUUAGGAAAGGGAGCAAUGUGUAAAGUUUAUAAAGCGACACAUAGAAAUACAAAUGAUGAAGUUGCAGUGAGAGUUAUGAAAAUAGGAAAUGAUAUUCAAAGAAUCAAAGUAGAAAUAGCAUUAAUGAAAAUGUGUGCAAAUCAAAAUAUUGUUAAAUAUUAUGAUUCUUAUUUAUUUUAAUAAUGCUUAUUCAUGGUAGUUGAAUAUUUAGAUGGUGGAUGUUUGACAGAAAUCAUAUAUUAGAAUUUUAAAUCUAUGAAAGAACCUGAAAUUGCUUAUAUUUGUGGAGAAAUUCUAGCAGGACUAAAUUAUAUGCAUAAAAAAAAGAAAAUUCAUAGAGAUUUAAAGAGUGAUAAUAUUCUCAUGAAUAAAAAGGGUGAAAUUAAAAUUGCUGAUUUUGGAUUUGCUACUUAAUUAACUGCAGAAAGAUAACACAGAAAAUCUGUUGUUGGAACACCUGCUUGGAUGUCACCUGAAUUAAUUCUUAAAUAAGAUUAUGAUGAAAAAGUAGAUAUAUGGAGUGUAGGAAUUAUUGCUAUAGAAUUAGCAUAAGGUGAACCACCUUAUUUAAGAGUACCACCAUUAAAAGCUAUGUAUUCAAUUACUGCUAAUGAUCCUCCAAGAUUACCUAAUAAAUUCUCUAAAUAAUUCUAAGAAUUUAUCGAAAAAGUUUUAGAUAAAAAUUCUAAAACAAGAUUAACAGCUGAAUAAGCACUAUAAUUACCCUUCUUUAAAAAUAGAAAUAAAGAAGGAGUCUUAUAAAUGAUCCUCAAUAAAAAAAAUAUUCCUUUAAAUGAAUUAAUUAAAUAAGCUCCAAAAUGA